CGCGCCCUGUCUAUUAUUUAUUGACUUUUUAUGGCGACGGGUGAGAGGAGAAAUGCGCGUCUCGGGUGCUGGACGUGGCGCCAUCUCUUGUGGCUGCUCUGGCUAGGCAUCGUGGUCACAAUGGCCUCGACAUUUGGCCUCAUCCAGCGCCACUGGACGUACGUGCCACCCGUGAAUUUAGCAGCGCAAGCCGCGUACGCGACCAAGUUCCCCAACGUCACGCGCGGCAUCGUCAUGACGAUGAGCGAUGCCAUGGUACCCAUCGGUGCGUCUCUCGUGCUCGAGCUUCGAUCACUGGGCAACUCGGACCCAAUUCAGGUCAUGCACUGCCUUGCAUCGGACCUGUCGGCUCGAUCGAUCGACAUUUUGACCGCCACCGACGCCAACCUUCAAGUGGUGGACAUCUGUCGGGUCCUCCUGGACGCCGACCUCCUCCCCAGCGUGGACAUCGCGAGCGAGUUCCAAAGCUACUGGCUCAAACCACUUGCGUUGCUGCUGUCGUCGUUUGACCAAGUGAUGCUCAUGGACGCAGACAACAUUUUCCUUCGCAACCCGAGCCUGCUUUGGAAUUCGACGCAGUACACGGACACAGGCACGCUGUUUUUCUACGAUCGAGUGAUUCCAUCGAACUGGGGACUCAAUGAACAACGCGGCGGUGUAUCCUACCUGUCGACGUUUCUCACGCAGUUUCCAUACCAUUCGUUCAAUCUCACGGCCCCGAAAUGUCCUUCCGAGAGGUUACGGGGGUCAGCCAUGUUUGCCCAACGCACCGCCCAUGAACAAGACUCGUCGCUAGUUCUCCUGGACAAACGUCGAGCUGGCCGCAACGUCCGCAAUAUUCUGUGGUACUUGACCACACAUUUGCGAUUCAAGCAAAGCACUCCGUUUUCACAUGGGGAUAAAGAGUCGUUUUGGCUUGCUUUUGAGCUCGGGCAGGUGCGGUAUGCGUUUUCGCCGUGGGCUGCCAGCGUCGUGGCCGCCCCAGGAGACAUGGAAGCCCACCCUGAAACUCUUUGUGGGAGUUUAGCCCAGUAUAUCCCAACGUCGAAUGCCUCAGCAGUGCUGCUAUUUGUAAACGGACGCGGUGUGAUCGAUGUCACAGACGUACUGGACAGUAGGGGCGACAAGAUGCCGAACGACGCCACCACGAAUUGGACAGCGCGAGGGGCGACGCUGACGGAACGCAUUCCGCGGUAUGCUGUGCCUAGAUACACGAGGGACCGAAAUACAUCCAACCUCGCCUUGUUCGACCAAACGUGCUUGGUGGAUGCCCACGCUACCGCCAUAUCCCCUGCCUUUAUCGACAGAGCGGCCCGCCGCAUUCAUAUGGCGGUGCAGGUUGCAUCGAGAAUGCAAUGGUAGCUAAAACCAGUGAUUACUUUAUGCAGAAAAUCCCAUACAACUGAAGUGCAAUCUACUAA